CAUAAAAGUGAGAUACCUGUGCUCGUUCAUCUCCAUCUCCAAAUUGGCUGCUGUUGAGGCCAGGCUGCGCUGUUCCUGACGCAUCCGCUGAAAUGUUGCUGCGACCUGUCACACGCGGAUAUACCCAUCAUCGCAAACCAAUAGGACAGAAAUAACUCACUAAAACCGGGUGCACCACAAGUGGACAGUUGAGGCGGUUGAUAACAUGUUUCAGCUGCGUACAUUGAGUGAGUGAGUUUUGCACAGGUUAACAAGCGAUAUGAGAUGAGACAACAGCAAGACAGUAAUGGAUGUCAAGCUCACAUCACCGAGUUGCUGCAGUCUGCCAGCUUACUGCAACUCCAGACAAAGAAUCCAACUUCUCUGCCUGUCAGGAGCUGAUGGAACAAGCCAGUCUACAAGGGGCCAGGAUGGUGUUCCUUCCUGAAGGCUUUGACUACAUUGGGUCCAGUCGGGAGGAGACACUAGCACUGUCCGAGAGCCUGUCAGGAAAAACUGUGUCACGGUAUUCUCAGAUGGCAAAAAAGUUGGAGAUCUGGCUGUCUCUCGGGGGAUUUCAUGAGAGAGGACAUGACUGGGAUUCUGAUAGGCGAAUCUACAACAGUCACAUAAUAAUGAAUGACAAAGGUGAGGUCGUAUCAGUCUACAGAAAGGCCCACUUAUUUGACGUGGAGCUGCCAGAAAAAGGGGUGUUGCUUAAAGAAAGUGCUUUCACUAUCCCAGGACCAUCACUCAUGCCUCCCGUCCAGACUCCAAUUGGCAAGGUUGGUUUGGGGAUCUGCUACGAUAUUAGAUUCCCAGAGUUGUCAUGCGCACUGCAGAGAAAAGGUGCAGAGAUUCUGACAUUCCCAUCUGCAUUCACGGUGGCUACAGGUGCAGCUCACUGGGAGGUGUUGCUGCGUGCACGGGCCAUUGAGACUCAAUGCUUCGUCCUGGCGGCGGCACAAGUCGGUGCACACCACGAGAAACGGUCAUCUCAUGGUCAUGCCAUGGCCGUGGACCCUUGGGGCGAGGUGAUAGCUGACUGUGGUGGAGAGAAACCAGGAUUGAGGCUGGUGGAGAUCGACUUGGAGAAACUGCACAAUACUAGGAGAAACAUGCCGACUCAGCUGCACCGCAGAGACUUAGACUUUUACACGGGUUUGGAGUAAAUCUCCACUUAGUGCCGUUUCUCCCAAAGUGACACCUUCUUAUCUACUUUUUACAUGUCUAAAUUGUUAGUUUUAAUGGUUGCCUGCAGGUCAGUAGUCUCGCUGAACGAACGUUUUAUACGCCAUAAACAUGUGAUUGUAUGCUUUACCCAAAAGGUGGUGCUGUUCAGCAUGUCAGGUGACUUGUAUUCGUAAAAGAUCAAUAGAAUGCACAAUUCAGGGAUUGAUCCAAGGUUCUGUUUUUCAAGUUAAAAGAAAAAAUUACAAAUAAGGUGACAUUCUCAAACCACUGCAGCAGUUUUGUGUGUGUGUGUGUGUGUGUGUGUGUGUGUGUGUGUGUGUGUGUGUGUGUGUGUGUGUGUGUGUGUGUGUGUGUGUGUGUGUGUGUGUGUGUGUGUGUGUGUGUGUGUGUGUGUGUGUGUC